AUGGGCUGCACAUUCACAAAAGAGGACGACGACGGGCGAGCCGAGCACAACCAGGUCGAAAAGGGAUUGAAGUCCGACUAUGUGUCGCGGACGCGGGAGAUCAAGAUCCUCAUGCUCGGCACCGGCGACAGCGGCAAGUCCACCGUGCUCAAGCAGCUCAAGUUCAUCAACGGCGGAGGCUACUCGGACGAGGAACGCCUCUUCUUCAAGGCCGUCAUCUUCACCAACAUAGUCCAGUCGAUGCAAGCCAUCCUCGAGGCCAUGGACGUGUUUGGCAUCCCCUUCGCCAGCCCCGCGACCGCGAAUCCACAUGCGAGCCUCAUCUUCUCGCAGCGGCAGAAGAUCACCGCCCAAGAACUGUCGCCGGACGUGCACAUCGCUGUCAGGACGCUGUGGGCCGAUGCCGGUGUAAGGGCCUGCUUUUCGCGGUGCAGCGAGUUCCAAGUUUGUGACUCGGCGCAAUACUACUUUGACGAGAUCGACAGGAUCGCCGCCGAGAACUUCCUCCCCAACGACCAGGACAUCCUCCGCUCGAGGCAGAAAACCACGGGCGUGGCCGAGUUCUCAUUCACCUCCCCGUCCAAGGACAACACGGUAUACCGCAUUAUCGACGUGGGCGGGCAGCGAUCCGAACGCAAGAAAUGGAUGCACCAUUUCGAGGACGUCGAUCUUGUACUUUUCCUGGUCGCCCUGUCAGAGUACGACCAGGCGCUGUACGAGGACGGGUCGGUCAACCGGCUACAGGAGGCCCUUGAUCUGUUUCACAGCAUAUGCCAGUCGCAGUGGUUCCGGCGCACGGCCGUGCAGCUGGUCUUCAACAAGACGGAUCUGUUCCGGGAGAAGCUGAAGCAUUCGCCCUUGGAGGCGCAUUUUCCGGAUUUCCAAGGCGGUGCCGAUUACGCGGCUGCCCGCGAGUACAUUGCCAAUCGGUUCAUCUCCAUGGGCCAGACAAGAUACCCGGACAACUACCUCUGCGCGACAGAUACGGCGCAGGUCAGACUGCUUGUGGGAAGGAUUAUCGACAGGAUGUGA